CGUCGCUUCGAUAGCGUUCGUAAGCAGGUAAUCGUGGCGGGAUAAUCGGGCCGCGAAUGUACUGUUCACUGUUCCGUCCGAUUUCUCCCGGUCGCCUCCGCGCGCGCGCUCGAAAAUAUCUCAAGACGAGCGGCGCUUCCCGCGCGAAAUCAAGUUUCGCAAAGAGCCGCAAGAUCGGGGCGGAUCACAGCGAUCCGGUCUGAUCGAUGAGAUAUCGCGCAAAGGAAGAUUCGCGGGACGGAAUCGUGCGAGCGAGAACUGCUUUGCGGUUUUAUCGACCGGACAUCUUCUCAUAUAGUUGGCUGUCGAUCGGACGUUUACACGGCCCGAUACACCAGAUACACAGCGAAUACUGGAAGAAUACAAUCGCUUUCCGGAGCGGAGAGUCUCUCCUCCGCUGUUCUUCUCCAGUGCCGCCGGCCUUCCGCGCUACGGCCGACGCUAUUAUUGCAGUACGAUCUAAAUUUAGACAAGAACGCGUGCUUGACGUAAAUCGUGUCGCUCUUUUUAUUCGGAAUCAACGUGCCGCCGCCGCGUCCGCGCGGUUUACGUGCCGGCGCCCACGAAGGCACCAUGAAGAAGCUCGUCCUGCAAAUCCUCCUCACGUCAUGCGUUCUGGAAUUAACGAGAGCCAAUGAUGCCAACAAAUUGUCGGAACCACAGUUAAAUUACAAUGGAGCCAAAAGAUCAUAUUGUCCAACAAAUGCUUACAUCGGAAAUCAACCGGUAAAUCGGCACGACAGUUCUUUACAAUUGAGACAACUAAGAUCCGAAAUGGUUCGCGUGGCAGCAGUUCAAGGACCAGCCCUCGAUGGUUACAUUGUCACAUCGGACGACGAGCAUCAAACAGUGAGCUUCGUUUCUCAUGGCCGUGCUGGGCCUUUAGAGAGUGAGACCGUGGAUCCGCAUGAUAUGAGAAGAGAAUUCCUUACCGGAUUCACUGGAAGUACUGGAGAAACUGUUGUCACUAUAAAUAAGGCGGUACUUUGGACUGAUGGUAGAUACCAUAUUGAAGCGGAUCUUCAAUUGGACUGCAACUGGAUCCUAAUGAAGGAAGGACAAAACGAUGUACCAUCGCUAACGAAGUGGUUAAUACAUGAAUUUCGAAAUCGGACACAAGUGGUGCGUAUCGGUGCUAAUCCGAAAUUGAUAUCCGCAUCCACGUGGGAAGCGUGGGAGAUCGAUCUGGAAAAUUCACCCGUAAGAUUGGUCGCAGUCGAUAACGACCUGGUAGACUUGAUCUGGCAGGUGGGCCGGCCUGAUUACAAUCCGUACGCGGCGUAUCCGCUGGCGGACGAGUAUUCCGGUAAACCCUGGCAGGAGAAGAUCCGACGUAUCCGACUGGAAAUGGAGCUCUCGUUGGCCGACGCACUCGUUGUCACCGCUCUGGACGAGAUAUCGUGGCUCUUCAACAUCCGUGGAUACGACUUGCCACACACACCCGUCCUAAGGUCUUACGCUAUCAUCACUCACGGAUCGGUGCAUCUCUACGCACCACGGCAGAAGAUCCUGCGAGCCGUCGAUAUACACCUGAAAACUGAUUCUUGCUAUCAUAAGAACUGCGUCAAGUGGCAUAAUUACACGACCUUUUGGCACGAUUUGAAGACCAUGUCUCAAGCCUGGAAUACAGUUUGGCUUCCGUCGCCUUGUUGCUACACGCUGGGUGCGUCUAAAGAAGUGUAUAAUUCCAUUCCACCAGAGAAAAUAUUAGCUAAAGCUUCACCUAUAAUCGAUCUACGAACGGAGAAGAACAAAAUUGAGGUGGCAGGUAUGAGAAAAGCUCAUCUAAAAGACGCAGUGGCGAUGUGCGAUUUCCUGGCUUAUAUGGAAGAGCAGUAUGAAUUCGAUUCUGAAGGAUGGGACGAGAUGCAAGUAGCCAGGUUGGCGAAUGAAUUCCGUUACGAGCAAGACUACAAUAAAGGCAUCUCUUUCCCAACGAUCGUGGGAUACGGGCCGCACGGUGCUAUGCCGCAUUACGAACCGAAUAAUUUAACCAACGUUCAAAUCGGGACCACGUCCACACUAGUGGUGGAUUCCGGAGGGCAAUACUUAGAUGGUACUACCGAUGUGACUAGAACUCUUCAUUUCGGAGACCCGACCGAUGAGCAAAAGAAAGCUUACACGAGAGUACUGAUAGGUUCGAUUCAAUUGUCGUCUCUGAUCUUUCCUAACAGUCUAACGAUAGACAAGCUAGAUAUCGUCGCACGCGAACCAUUAUGGAGCACCGGUUACGAUUACAUGCAUGGAACUGGUCAUGGAAUCGGUCACUUCUCUUCGGUUCACGAAUCGCCUAUCAGCGUGUCGUAUUGGGGGAGCAAUUUAGUUGCCGGAUGUUCCACCAGGCUGAAACCGGGUUUCUUCCUAUCUAAUGAACCGGGAUACUACAAAGAAGGCGAUUUUGGAGUCCGUUUAGAGAACAUAAUCGAAGUAGUUCCCGCCGACAAAUUAACAUAUAAAACGCAACAAUUUCUGAAAUUCAGAGACGCCACUCUGGUCCCUUACGAACCAAAACUUAUCGAUGUCGACAUGCUGACUCCGUUGCAACGACGUUGGCUAAAUAAUUACAAUAAACGUAUACGAGAAGAAGUAGGUACAGAGUUAAAGGAAAGAUUGAAAAUGAAAGCAUUUUACUGGAUGAUGCUGAAGACUGCAACCAUUCCAGAAACAAGUUCAAACAGUCAGAGCUGCUCAGGCUCUUCUGCCAGUUAUUCUCACUCGACGCCGUCCGCCUCCAGGCCAUUCCACGUUUUAGUCGCAAUCAUUGCCGCUUUUCAUAUCAUAGAAAUUGUAGAUCUCACGAGAAUGCUCAACUAAUCCAAGAAGCAAAUCGCUGACAUUACUUAUUGAAUUUUAAAGAGUAUGCCUCUUUUUUAUUGUAAAAUAUAUGCUAUUUCCAAAUGUCGAUAUAGGCUGUGCUCGGAAAUUCACCGUCAGUACUGAAAAUCUAUAGUUUAUGUUAUAUAUAUUAUAGAUGUUCAGUACUGACAAUGAAUAUCGGAACAGACUACUAUA